UCCCAUUGUGGUUCGAGUUUUGUUUUGUUUUUGCCGAUUAACAGUGCCCGAGGGAACAAUUUGACGCCAUGGCGCAGCCAGCAAUGAGCGAGGCUGGCUUGCUGAACUCCAUGUCAGAGCAAGACCUGCGCGUGACCUGCGAGCGCCUUGAGCGCAGCUGUGAGGACAUGCGCUCAUUGCUCAAUGAGUUCGUUGAGGAACAGGCGAUGCUGCGCCGGGAGCAAGAUCGACUCCACAAGCGGGUGGAGAAAGCGCAGAAGAAGGCUGGCCGCCAGGAGAACUUCAUUGAGAACCUCAUCAGUGACAUGGAGCAACUCGAGGUUUCCAACCUUUUGUCCAGCAUCUUCCGGGCAAAGGAGGAACGGAAGGUGGCCAAGCGAAGGCGGUGGGAAAAGCCAGGUAAAAAAGAGGUCAUCGUGGAGAAUCAAAAGGACAUGCAGGAUGAUGGAGGGCCUUUCAGCGAAGCCACUGUGCAACUCUCCUGGGCAUAUGAGCUCCACGACAGGCUUCCGCAACCUGAGCUAGCUGGCCACGGCCCUGACUCCCUCUCUCAAUGGGUCCGAGAAGUCAUGUCUGGUGAUCCGGUGGCUGAGGCCGAGUUGCCAGAUGGGAUGUGGGCACAACUGGCCAAGCGUGCGGCAGAAGUCUCGCCACAGCGCUGCAGCCCAGGGUCUAGUCCAACAGGGCCUGGCUUUGGCUUCUUUGAGAACAGUCCUGGAGGUCCGGGCAGACCUUUGCAGCGACGUCCUGACUUCGAUGGGCAGGACAUUCAGGAGCAAAGUGCUGAGGAGAAUAGCCACUUCGACACGCUCGUAGGGCUUGUCAGCAACGUUGCAGGGCACCAAGUUGCCCAGCAGAUGGAGCGCGGCUUCGAGGCAGCUCAGCAGCUUGCCCAGCAGGCUCAACGUGCAGCCUCGAAGCGAAUGGAUCGAGGAGAGGCUCCAGCACCUCAGAGCUUCUCACGGCGCUUGCAAGAGGCAAGCGCGGCCAUUGCCUCCUUCUCCUUUGCGGAUUGGGCCGUGGGAGCUCCUGAUGAAGUUCCUCAAGAGGAUGAGAAGUGUAUAGUUCAUGAGAAGCAGGAAGUGCCAGAUCAAAUGGAUCGGAAAGCUCGACGGGCCAAAUUCCAGGAAGAGUUCUCCUUGUACAUUGCCAAGACGGCUGACUCACCGGAGAGGCCCGGUCGUGCACCGCCGGUUUCUGUUGCACCACCACGAGCUGCAGCACCGGAGGAUGAACCUCCUACACCUCCACCCCAGCCGCCGAGCCGGGAGGCCAUGCUGCUGGCGCUCCAAGAAGAUGAUGUUGACGAGGCACCUGAGGUUUGCUCUGUGCCUUACGGACUGGUUGCGCAGGUGACAUCCCUUGGCUCUGGCACAGUCCGGCUCUCAUGGCUAUUUGACUGGGAGGCAGCACCAGCAGACCUAGCAGAGGCACAAAGAGGCUUCGAAGUGCUAUGGUGUGCAGAAGAUUCGGAGGAUGUGGAGAACAUAAGAACCCUCAACCAUUCAAGGUCUCCAGCGUCUCUGGAGUUACCUGUAGGUGGUCGGUAUCGUCUCCAGGUCAAAGCUGUUUUGACCAACGGCGAUCGUCAGCUUUGGUGCUCAAGCAGUUCUGCAGCCGUCGGUGCAGACCUACGGAGGGCAAGUCCUGAAGGGAAGGCUACUCCUUCUGAACCCUCUUCACCUGUGGAGGCUCAGGCUGCCCUGCCUAAGCAAAAAGGUCGCGUGGCGGCGAACUUUAAUGACUUCCUCAAGCGGACUCCAGCCACUUCCACUGCCAGCGCUGCAAAGAACAACGCCAAGGUGGUAAUGGGUGGCUCCACGAAGGUGCAACUUGGCGCCUCCGGACCGCUUUCGUCUGUCCACCCCCGUGUGGUGAAUGCGGGCCCUUUGGAUCCUGCUACAGAGAAACGGGAGAUGGCGGAGAGGAUCCGACUUCGAUCCGGGCAAGCAGGGGCCAAAGAUGUGCAUGAUGAUCGACCGCGUUCCUCCAGCUUUGACUCCGAUGAUGAAUCGCUUGCAAAGCUGUCACAAGCCUUGAGUAGUCUUGAGCGGACACAGCGGGCACAUCAGAAGCGGCAGCUCGAGGUGGCAAAUGAAGGUCCACAUUCUUUGCCAGCACGUAUGGCUCCAGAAAGCUGUCGUGGACCCAGCUGAAGCAGUGUAGUCACUGCACCUUGGUACCUCCUGCGCUGACGAAGAUCUCUUGCCAGGAGUGAGGUUUUCCCUUCAGCGGAACUAGCCAGAGAGAAA